UUCUGUUAUUUUAUCCAUCCAUUGUAUAUUGACCUCACUGGAUCAUUUCCAGCACUGGAAGAAGGUUAGUGAUGACAUUUAAAUGACUUUUGCAACACAGGAUAUCAAAAUACAUUCAAGGAGUCCAGGUUUUUUUAUGGGAAGAAAAUCACAAGAUAGAAGACUAUGCUUUACUGUCAUCACAGCAUUCUAUGUGGGGUUUCCAGCAAUGUGACUUCAAAGGCUUUGGCUAACUUAGAUUUGGUGAUGACUUUUUGGGCAGGAGUUUUGCCAGCCCUCAGACUCAAUCCAAACAAAACUUAGGGAUGGGAGUGAUCUGGACAUGAACAAUGCCUUCAGAAAGGGGACAGAAUGUAAUGUUUAAAAGGGACAUUGUUCUCUGAGGUCCUUAUAAGAGCCGUUGCCCUCAGUCCAUGUAGCACAGGUAACAUUGACACCAUGGCUGCUACCAAGUGGAUACUUCUCCUUUCUUCAGUAGCCCUGUUGGGCCUGAGCUCAGCUCAAUUCACAGAUGAAGAGGAUGAACAAAAUUCAGAAGGACCAGUAGAUUCACCAGCACCAUUUGACUCCCAGGAAGACGAUCAGAACCCUGCCCAGCAACAAGGUGGUAACCAGAAACGUGGACCUCCAGGUGGACAGCAAGGAGGUCGGCAAGGUGGACAGCAAGGAGGUCGGCAACGUGGACAACAAGAAGGUUGGCAAGGUGGACAGCAAGGAGGCCAACAGGGUGGCCCUCCAGGUGACCAAUGAAGAGGUCAUUCACUCUCCCCACCCCCAAGUGCAUAAAAAGGAAGAUGUGCAUUCAGGAGGCACCCUUGAAGUCCUCACAGGGACAUGGAUGUUGGGACAGUAAGUACCUCUUGAUCCCUCCAUUGUUUCUUUACAGUACCAAGAAAUACACUAUUAAUUAAACGUUGACUCCUGCUUCUCUUGAUGGUGUUAGUCAUUCAACUUUCAGUGUAUUGUGCUCUAGAUAUAGGGACAGAAGUAUGGUCCCCAGGUACUUAGUGCUUUGCUGAUUCCAGAUUAUUCUA